AUGACUCGCGGUCGUCGAGCGAAAGGGAAACUCACUUUCCGCAAGCGCUCGGGUCCCCGGGCCCGCCAAAGCUCAAAGCUUGCAAACGACGAUUCCUCUGACGACGAUGCUACCCUGGCCCAUUCAACACCAGCUUGCAGUACCUCGUGGCAUUACGAUGAUGACGUGGAUGAACAUGAUGAGUGGGAGGAAGAUGUUGAAGAAGUUGACCAGCUGCUUCCUUCUGAGUCAGACCAAGUUGAAGUCGAGGAAGAGUUUACCAUUCCCAUGGAGGUUCCAUCGCCAUGUGGUAAUGCUACGCGGGACCUCGAUGGAAUCACAUCCACGACAUCUUUCACCUCAUUCCUCACCGAUCUGGCUCUGCGCAUGGGAUGUUCCGUCUCCCAUCUCAUGGCUGUCAGCAUUGGCUAUGUCCCGUCUUGGCUUCCCAAAAAUCCCAAGCCAAAGCCAAAGCUUCUCGAUGAUGAGCAAUCAUGGGAGAAGCUGGUGAAUGUCGUCCGCCAGUUCCGCGACGAUGCAAAGGCGAAAAAGAAGGGUAAAGGGACAAUCGCUCUGACAUCGUCAGAUAUAGCUUUCCCUCGAAUAGUAGUCCUAGGCAUUGAGCCCCCGGAUUAUCUCAUCUUGAUCAUCUCUGAUCUGGAUGCCCUGCCUUGCGAGUGCUUUUUCGACAUCUAUCUCAUGAUCUAA